GUUGGAUUGUUGCUCUCUUCUUUGUCGAUCGAACAUUGAAAUUAUAAUUAUUGCUCUGACCUUCAGCCAUAAUACGACUGUUUUACGCCUGCUAUUGCUUUGAAAAUGAAGUCGAGACCUAUGGGCAGUGCCGAUGAUUUGGACGAUGACUGGUGGAUGGAUCCUGGGCCAGAGGCUCAAUCACCAUCAGAAAAGUCAAAGAAGAAGAAGACGAAAGCAGCAAUUGCAGAUGCAGCCGAAGAUGGAGCUGAUGAAAUAGAAGCUAGCACUGCAUCCAAGAAACGCAAACAUGAUAAAGCUGAAGAGGAUGACUCCGCUGACCUGGUGGCCUCUGUUGGCAAAUCGAAGAAACCGAAGAAAUCUAAGAAGUCUGGCGAUUCUCCUGCGGAAGAAAAGGCCGACGUGUCGUCCCAAUCCGCUUCGAAAACAAUUGUGUCAACUGACCCUAUUAUGACUCGUGCCGAAGUUGCUGAAGAAGUCAAAACCCAGUUGUCGUCGUGUGAUCGUUUUGCUGUUGACGAGGAUGACCUGGCCUUUCCGGAGGAGCAGGCACUACUGGCGGCACGGUUGUCGGAUGGCGAGGAGUUGACAUUCUCUCAGUACCUCAACACCGCUGUGUCUGGCUGGUCAAAGUCGCUUGGCAAGCUGAAAGGAACAAAGCACGGCCGUCCUGUCUUACUGGUGAUAACCAGCUCUGCUGUGCGAGCAGUCGACCUCAUUCGGGCUGCGGGUGAAUUUUCCAGUGGAUGUCAAGUUGCAAAGCUCUUCGCCAAACAUUUCAAGCUUGAGCAGCACAAGGAGUUCCUGACCAAGACAACUGUGCAUAUUGGUGUUGGCACGCCCAAUCGCAUUCUCCGUCUUGUUGAAUCUGGUCACCUGUCACUCAAGCGACUCAAGUAUGUGGUCAUCGAUUGGACACUGAAGGAUGCCAAGCAGCGGCAGAUUUACCAGAUACCUGAGGUUGUGCAAGACCUUGUGAACUUGACCUUGACCUCAAUUGUACCCCGCGUGCAGGACGGGAAAACGAAAAUCGGUCUCUUCUGAUGCGCUACCGGCCAAUCCCGUGCACGUCCUCUGUGCUGCUGCAGUUGCACAGUGCCUGUACCCUGGCAGUUGAUGGUGGUCACCUACUGCUGCUGCAGCUCUACGUUUGGUGGAAUCCUGUGCUGGCGACAUGACUGGCUUGUUUGUCAAUGCCGGAGGUAGUGGUGUGUUGCUCUUGGGUGUCGCCGCUACCGUACCGUGUUCUCGGUCGGGAUGAUUGCAUGUCCAUGGUGAUCAUCGCGGUACUUUGUAGUGGACAGGUACUGGAAUGACAGGCCAGCCGGUAUAUAGCCAACUAGAAGAGCUGAUGGCACACGGUAUAAGUACUACAAGUAGUAGUAGCAACAGUGAUGACCCAGUCUCCAACUCGAAAAGAACUGUGUGCCGGCCAGUACAGUACACUAUUCUGGUGACCUGUGACUUCUGAAUGAAGGUCACAACUCAUGCCGUCUAUUCCUACUGCUGUUGCCGGUGUCCUGACCGUUCAGGUAGCGAGCAGGUGGUGAUCCUAGGCUGGUGGUGCACCUGCUGGCAUUAUUCCAGUACAGUGCUCAACGGCAGGUCAGCUUGAGCAGUGCCGGCGAUACCACCACACUGGACCCCCUCACCCAGGAUGUAAUGGGUUGAACAUUGGGAUUAUGCUGUCGCUGCAACCGUUCCCGGAAUUUAGGAAUGACAAUUUAUGACUAUUUCGUGUUGUAUUUUUUAUAUAAUCCCUCCACGAGGAAACACA